UCAGCUGUAUCUGUUGAAUUUGUUCUUGUCCAUGUUCCAUUCAGGGGGUGCAAAGUCCAAAAUAUUAUUUUAUUUUUUAAGUUCAUUUUAGUUCUAUAAAACUAAGACUGAGGCAAUAUGGCACGAGUUCUGGUUGGAGUUAAAAGAGUCAUUGACUAUGCUGUUAAGAUAAGAGUAAAACCAGACAAAACUGGGGUAGUAACUGAUGGAGUCAAACAUUCUAUGAACCCCUUUGAUGAAAUUGCUGUUGAAGAAGCAGUGAGAAUGAAAGAGAAGAAAAUUGCUUCUGAGAUUAUUGCUGUUUCAUGUGGACCUGCACAAUCUCAGGAAGUUCUGAGGACUGCUUUGGCCAUGGGUGUAGACAAAGGCAUUCAUGUUGAAAUCUCGGGACCAGAAUAUGAAACCUUACAGCCAAUUCAUGUAUCUAAGAUCCUGGCCAAGCUCGCUGAGCAAGAGAAGGCCGAUAUGGUUAUUGUAGGCAAACAAGCUAUUGAUGAUGACUGUAAUCAAACAGCUCAAAUGAUUGCAGGUUGUUUAGAUUGGCCUCAAGCUACUUUUGCCUCAAAGAUAGAAAAAGGCGAUAAAGAGAUUACAGUAACCAGGGAAGUUGAUGGCGGUUUGGAAGUUAUUAAAUGUAAGCUUCCGGCAGUUAUUAGUGCUGAUUUGAGACUGAAUGAGCCUAGAUAUGCCACAUUGCCCAAUAUUAUGAAAGCCAAAAAGAAACCAAUCCAGAAAUUGACUCCAAAAGAUUUGGGAGUCGACACGACUCCUAGAAUAAAGAUAGUUAGUGUAGAGGAUCCACCAACUAGGCAGGCUGGUCAAAUUGUGCCUGAUGUCGAUACUCUGAUCAGCAAAUUGAAGGAAAAGGGUCAUAUUUAAACACCUUUAUGUGUUAAUUUUAGAUAUCAUUUUUAAAGAUGGAUUUAUAUUGUUAUAUUGGAAUAUUUUGUUUAAUAAACCAAUUUCAUAUUA